AUGGCCCCUGACCUGGUCUCCGUGGACGCGCGCAACAAGCUGGAAGACUUGUCCGGCAUCGUCAUCCAGCCCGGCGAGAACCCGUACGAGGUCUUUAUCAAGGCCUGCAACGACAACCAUACCGAGAUUCAGGCCCUCUACGAGACUCAUCGUGUAAAGCGCAACGCCCAACAACGGGAAAAGUUCCUCACCGCGGACUUCAAGGAACUCGUCAUCGACCAGUACCUGCUGCGCCUGAACGACCCGUCGGUGCAGCCCGGCUUCCGCGACGAGCGCAACUGCCUCGUCUUCUGGGCCCGGCCGCCCGAGCACGUCCUCCUGCUCGCCGCCAAGGUGCAGCAGAUGCUCCAGCAUACAGCCCCUGACAUCUGGCUCAUGCCGCUGCACAGGAUGCACCUGACGACCCUCGAGGUCGCCUUCUCCAAGACGCCCGCCGAGAUCGCCGCCCUCACCGCCGUCCUCCGGCCCGCGCUGCCCUCCAUCGUGUCCCACACGCACCGCCACCGCGCCCGCCUCGUCAAGCCCUUCCUCUCCUACGACCUGUCCGCCUUUGCCCUCUCCUUCCUGCCCGCCUCCGGCGAGCCGCCGCUCUCGCCGGCGCCGUCCGGCAUCGACGACCUCCCGCCCGCCGAGGACGUCGGCGACGGCUACACCUACCACCACCUCCGCCGGGACGUCUUCGACAAGGUGCGCGCCGCGGGCGUCGAGGUCGCCUCGAGGUACCAAGUCCCCAGCGCGCACAUCACGCUCGGCCGCUACCUCGGCGCCGCCGACCACGACACGCCUGCGAAGCGCCGCCGCUGGGUCGAGGCCGUCGACGCGGUGAACCGCUGGCUCGAGGAGGAGGUCUGGGACAAGCCGGGUGCCGAUUUCACGGGAGAGUGGAUCGUCGGGCAGGAGCGCGGGCUGGACGCGCGCAGCGGGACGCUGUGGUAUGGCGGUGGAAGGACCAUUCAGGUCGGGGAAGGCUUCUAG